AGGGCGGAGUCCCGGCGGGCGCCGGCCAAGGGAGGGGGCGCGGCGUCCGUGAAGUCCGGCGCUCCCUCAGGCCGUGGAGGCGAUGCUGGCUGCUGCGGGGCCGGCGGCUGGGCGGACGGGGAUGUGACCGGUCUGCCCCUCGCCUCUCUUCCAUCCUCGGGCCUGCAGGUCGCUGGGCGACCCGCAGCCGGGCCGCGGCCGAGGAGGCAGCGCGACCUCCCCACGAUUCUGUCAGCUUUUAAGAACAAAUGCACCUUAUAGCUCAUGGAAGAAAAAACACAAAUCAAGACGUUUUUGGGUUCCAAGCUGCCAAAGUAUGGAACAAAACCUACGAGAAGUACUCUGCAGCCGAUAACAAGUGGGGCCACUGUGGCUUUGUUAGGGACUUCCAAGAGUAGUAAUGUCAAAAGUUACAUCAAAAAUAAUGGCUCUGAUUGCUCCCUGUCCCAUUCGUUUAAUUGGAGACAAGCAAAUAAAUACCAACUUGGUUCACAAAAUACAGAACUUAAUAGUAUUCAAAGUAUACAUGAUAAACUAAUUGAUCCUGAGCAACAUGCUCCGGCUCCAGGAAGGCCUGAUGGGAAUGGGAUAAAGGGAGGCUUGAGAAGUGCUUCCUUGUUCACGUCCAAGUUAGCAAGACCAUCCACUAUGUUUUUGUCAUCUACAGAGGAGUUAAAUCAAAAAUCUUUUCCUGGACCAUCUAAUUUGGGUAAAUUCACCAAAGGCACAUUACUAGGAAGGACUUCAUAUUCUUCGGUCAAUGCUAAGUCACAUUUGAAUACAUUUUAUAGGAACCGAUCACCUGGUAACAUGCAGAAGCCAAGAAUGAACGUCUGUGCCACCAGAAGCAGUUCUGGAGAGAGCUUAGCACAGUCCCCAGACAAUACUAAAUCUAUUACUUGUGAAAAAAUGGUAAGGUCACAAAGUUUUUCACAUUCCAUCCAGAAUUCCUUCCUUCCGCCUUCAUCUAUAACCAGAUCACAUUCCUUCAACAGAGCUGUAGACCUUACAAAGCCUUAUCAGAGCCAACAGCUACCCGUUCGAGUGCCUCUCCGGUCAGGUAUGCUAACGAGAAAUUCUCGGCAGUCAGAAGUACUGAAUGGGAAUGAACACUUGGGGUUUGGUUUUAAUAGGCCUUAUGCUGCUGGUGGAAAGAAAUUGGCUUUAUCCAAUGGCCCAGGUGUAUCUUCCACUUUGGGCUAUAGGAUGGUUCAUCCCUCUCUACUGAAAUCUAGCCGACCUCCAUUUUCUGGGACUAUGACAGUUGAUAGUAAUAAAAAUUCUCCUGCUGACAUGUGUGUAGAAGAAGAAGCUAUAGUUUCAGCAAAGGAUGGCUCUACUGGUAAGGACCAAGAACUAGUUGAAAAUGAAAGUUAUCGAACAGACAAUGAUCAGACCAUGAAGCAUGAUUCUAAAAUUAGAUACCUGAGUGAUGAUGUGGAUGAUAUUUCCUUGUCAUCUUUGUCAUCUUCUGAUAAGAAUGAUUUAAGUGAAGAUUUCAGCGAUGAUUUUAUAGACUUGGAGGACUCCAACCGAACUAGAAUAACCCCAGAGGAAAUUACUCUCAAAGAAGAAAAGCAUGACAACAGACCAUCAAAGGAUAUAUUUGAUUCUCCUAAGGAAAAUGAACAGAUCUUCAGUAAAGCUGAUGAGUGGAUAGAUAUAAGUGUCUCUGACAGGAGUGAAUGUACAAAACAUACCUCUGGAAAUAACUUGAUCUCACCAGAUACGGAUUACAGAGCUGGGUCUUCAUUUGAACUCUCUCCAUCCGAUAGCUCUGAUGGAACGUACAUGUGGGAUGAAGAGGGCCUGGAACCCAUUGGAAGUGUCCAUCCUGUUGGCAGCUAUGAGUCCUCCGAAAUGAACAGCAUAGAUAUUCUGAAUAAUCUUGAAUCGUGUGACCUUGAGGAUGAUGACCUUAUGCUGGAUGUGGAUUUGCCGGAGGACACACCUCUUGAAAAUGUGGAGUGUGACAAUAUGAACCGCUUUGACCGAUCAGACAGAAAUGUACGCCAGUCACAGGAUGGAUUUUGGAAAAGAGCACCCCAGAGGUGGAGUGGACAGGAGCAUUAUCACCUUAGCCACCCUGAUCACUAUCAUCACCAUGGGAAAAGUGACUUGAGCAGAGGCUCUCCUUAUAGAGAAUCCCCUUUGGGUCAUUUUGAAAGCUAUGGAGGGACCCCCUUUUUCCAGGCUCAGAAGAUGUUUGUAGAUGUGCCAGACAAUACAGUGAUACUGGAUGAGAUGACCCUCCGGCACAUGGUCCAGGACUGCACAGCUGUAAAAACGCAGUUACUCAAACUCAAACGUCUGUUGCAUCAGCAUGAUGGAAGUGGAUCAUUGCAUGAUGUUGAGCUAUCAUUACCAUCCAGUCCAGAGCCUGAAGACGGUGAUCAGAUAUACAAGAAUGAAGAUUUAUUAAAUGAAAUAAAACAACUUAAAGAGGAAAUAAAGAAAAAAGAUGAAAAAAUCCAACGAUUAGAGCAUCAGCUUGCAACCCGGUGUAACUGCCACCAGAAAUCUAAAGAGGAAAAGUGUACAUUUGCUGAUAAAUACACCCAGACACCCUGGAGAAGAAUCCCUCCUCAAGUACUACAGCCUUCCAGCAGCCUUCCCAGACCUACAGACCACGCCCAGGGAAAACUAAUAAAGCCACAACAUAUCGAGGCCCACAGUGAAUAUACAGUCCAAGGCAUGUGUCAGAGUGGUGCACAUCCAGAUGGAAGCUGUACACAUGGCUUGCAACAAGAAAACAGCUAUGGUUUGGAAGACCGUCCUUUUUCGUCAAGCCCACAGUUCACAGUGGAUGUGGUGAAGGACAUACCUUCUGAAACGAACCUGAGCAUGACUAUGGAUGCUCAAGAGCCUUCUUUUUUGGCAAAGAACCAAACUAGUGACUUGCAGUUUGUACCUAAACCUCAGACACCUUCCCAGUCAAGUACAGUGGACCAGACUAAGAGAGUUGGAAGAAACCAGUCUCCUCAGCCCAAGUCCUUGCAGCUUUUAAAGCCAUCCAUCUUGAGUUCUUCGGCACCACCUCCAGAUUCUGAUUCAUCAUCAACUAGGACUUCCACAUGUAAGAAGGCACCAGUAAUCGCACAGUGUAAUUCAAAACAUCAGCCAACGUCUAAUCAAAACAAUCUUGCAAAUAAUUUAAAUCUGAAAGCAUCUAAACUCCGUCCCCCUUCUGGCUCUUUCAAACAAAAACAAAUAAUCAGUCCCCAACUAGAGUCUCAAACCAAGACAAACAUCCCAAGGCCAUUAGCACGACCAAAAGAACUGCAGAAUCCACACAGCAGUUUGCAUUCUGGGGAUUGUGUGGCCUCUAAUCGAUAUUCUCGUCUUCCUAAACCAAAGAUACAUUAAGUGCAUAGCCAUCAUCUGCCAAUUUGUCUUUUGAAAACAGUCUGCUCUGUAAUAGCUUUAUGUGCAGUUUAUUACUGUGUUUGAGGUUCCAUUACAGCAAAUCUUAAAAUUAAAACAGAGAAGCUUCUACUAGUUUGCCUCUUCCAUUUUAUAUAUCCUAGUUGAACUAUAUACCAUUUGCACAUUCUUGUCUCAGGUAAACACAAGUUUACUUAUCCAUCUCAGAGGCCAAGUCAUGCUAUCCAGCCCUCUCUCUGCACACCAGAAAAGUCAAAGGAUUCCAUUUAUCAGGCAACAUAUGUACUUUGCUAAUUUAGUCCUGUUGUGGUCCAUAACUGUGGUUAUCAAAACCCCACCCCUUUGCUUACUCUUACUGUGAAUAUGAAUAUGGUUACUAUUUUAACUAAAGAUCCAUAGUGAUGAUGGAAGAUGAUUGUCCAUAAGCAAGAUUCUGGCCAGUGUUUGUAUGUGAGGUCUAUGCAAAAUCUCCACAAUAAGUAAAGACCAGGUUUUUAGUCGGCGAGUCCUUAUAGGUUUUUUCUCUCUCCUUUCUAGGAUCAGUAAUAUAGUCCUACUGUUUCUCCAUUUAUCAGACAAAUCCCCCAGGCUGACAGUUUUUAUUAUUUUAUGUAAACCAAAUAUAUGUUGUUAUAACACCUUGUUUCAUUUACACAUGUACUAUUUGCUUAUAUUGCUACUGGAUAAAUUUGGAGAGCUUGAGAUGCCUAAGGGUAUAUUAGUUGUAACCUCUGUUGGUGCUAGAGUUUUGCUGGUAAUUGAGUUUUAAACCCUGUUAACUUAUGGAUCCAUCAUAUUUAAGUUUCUACAACAUACAUUGAAAAUUUAAAAUUUAGUCUUUAUUGUAAUAUUUGUAUUUAUUUUUGACUAUUUGCUAAUAUCUGAAGACUGGAAUAAUGGACUUGAAAUAUUUGCACAAAAUUUUGAGAGGAUGUAAGAGGAAUUUAAAGCUUAUUUUCUAUAAAAAAUGAGUUAAAACACUGAGAAAUGUAUAUAAAUUUAAGACUAUCAUAAUAAGUUGCUUUUCUGGGUUUCCUGAGUUUCCCUUUUCUAUUUUGAAUGGCAGUUUCUUGAAAAGUAGAUUUGGGGAAAAUUGAAAUUGUAGGUAGAGAGUGUACUUCCUCAAGAUGUGCUGCAGAUGUGCAGCCUCCAGGUAACUGUGGACAGGAACCCAACCAUGCCGCUGAGUAAAUUUACCUUACAUUUGCCCAAAUCAUGCUGUCUUUAGGCUGGUCAUCCAUCAUUCAUGUCAUUCAAAUCAAGAGUUUUCAGACAAAUAACCUUACAGGAUCUGUAUCUGAUUAUCUGACCAAAAAAUGUAUCAAAAGGAAUUAUGGCCAAAACAAACUGCUAGGGCUUCCUUUUAAAAUGUAACCAGGUUACAAAGAGAAGCAUGGUAUCAAAUGCAUUAGUGGAAAGCUUCCAAGUCACAUCUGCUGCCGUUUGGGGGCAGUCUUCCCUCAUGUGUCACAACCCCUCAAGUGAAUUUGCCCUUGGAGAUGCUGACCUUUCUUGGGUUUGGAAAUGGGUGAGCAUAGUCUCACACCUCAGCACUUUAGUCAGAGAAGAACUGAAGCUCAGGACGCCCUGAACAUAGGCCAGAGGCUAUUGAGUCAUCACUGCUAUGGACAAAAGCACCCCUUUGUUCAUGAAAGUGAGCCAGGUUGGCUGCUGCUGUAUGUGAGCACAUGUGCUUUCCCCUAUAGAGAAUGAAAACUAAUCUCGUGCAUCGCAUAUCGGCUACAAUCAUACUCUAUUCCCUGCAAUAAAACAUACUGAUGAAUGUUGUUGUUGUUUUUUAAAUUAGAGAUUUGUAUAGACUCUUGUGAAAUACUUUUACAAGUUAGCCUUAUCCUUAGGGGAAAGUUUAACAUUGUAAAUUUAUUUAUAACUGUUUUGUCUGAUGGAAAUGUCAUCAUUGUCUAUUAGAAAAACAUGUUGACUCCAGUAAUUUGUUUAUUCUAAUCUUUGGCCCCUUUAAUUUUUGUCUCCCUGAUGACUUUGCAGAAAUGUUUAUCCACCAGUUCACUCUCUAUAUACCUGGGUUGGACCUGAGGUCCUGAUAGAAGAUAGGUUUUUGUUUGUUUGUUUUUAUACAAGAGCCUCACCUAUCCCAGGCU